AUGUUGUUGCAACCCCAAGAUGUCAACGCUCUGUUGCAUAGCAUGCGACAGCAAAUCCUGGCGUUGGCCACGCAACUCGCCGAGAUACAGGCAAACCCCCCUGUAGCAACCCCCUCGGUGGAAAAGAAGUUCAACAAGAAAGUCAAAGUCAUCGCUGACCCUGGUGCCUUCCAGGGAGACAGAGCGCAAUUUGCCAAAUGGUGGAUCAAGCUCCAGAUUUGGGUCAAGGCAAACUGGGACGCGUUUGCCGACGAUUUUGAGGAGUGCUACACCACGGGUGUGUGGCCUACCUGGGACAAUCUCAAGAUUGAGAUCGAAAAAUAUUUCAAACCACAGGCUGAGCGUGACUGGGCUUGCCAACAAAUCUGUUCCUUCAAGCAAGGCAACAUGAGGAUGGACAAUUAUGUCACCCGGUUCCUGGCCCUCUCCAUCCAAUGA